AUGAGGAAGGAUGAGGACGAGGUGCCGCCCUCGUAUGCGAUGUCAUUCGGGUCCAACUCGUCAUCAACGACCACACUGCCCUCCAUGGUGACGCAGACCGACUCAAUUUCGAUAAUCGACAUCUGCAAUCAGCGAAAUCUCGGCCGCUUGAAGCAAUUUGUGGCGCACAGAGGCCGUGACGCGGUGCGAUUUAGGGAUGAGCAUGAUGGGACGACAGCCCUUCAUCACGCCGCGUGGAACGGCGAUCGCGAGGCCGUCAUCUUCCUCCUGCAGCAGGGAGCAGACGUCGACGCUCGCAAUAACGAAGGGUCGACGUCCCUGCACUGGGCCGCCUGGAACGGCCAUCUCGAGGUGGCACGUCUCCUCCUUGCGUGCGGAGCCGACCCAUGUGCCGCCACCACGACCGGCGACACCUGGUACUGUACCACCCUGGCCAAGCCUUCAUCUGCCAUACUUGCACUGGGCAGCGCAAAGCCAAUCGGCCGAGGUGUGCAGGCUCCUGCUGGUCGCCGGCGCGUCUCCCAAUGCAAGGAACCGGCACAACUGGACACCGCUGCAGCCGUCACGCCCAAGCAGCGACAGGAGUUUGCCAAGGAGAUGGAGGAGCUCAGGAACCAGUGCAUCCACCCGCUCACCCCAGCCGAACGUCUAUCGCGAGAGUACUUCGAAAAGGGGUUCCUCGACUUCACGGACCGUGUGGAGGACGGGUUCUACGACGCUGGGCGAAGCGGUGAGUUCAAACCGUACGAGGAGCUCAUCUCCCUGGAUCGAGCCCGAGAGGUCAUCCUGGUUGACGCAACGCGAGAUCUGCGACUAGCAGAGAUCAGGACCAAAGCCGAAGCGCUGCUGGAAGAGUUCCCGCACCUGGAGACGAAGAUAAGGAUGCUGGCAAUGUUUGUGAGCAACCUCAUGGGCGGCACACAGAUCGACGAGAUCGCAGCACCCAACGAGAUCGUCAAGCUGACGGACCAGGUCAUCAGCUACGUCAAGGAGGUCCUCCAAUCCAACGUGGUGCCGCUCGGGUGCAUCACCCACGGCGUGUGCCGACACCGGGCCAUCAUGUACAAGUAUCUGUGCGACUUCUGCGGCAUACCUUGCCGACUUGUGCGCGGCGCGUAUGACGACGUACACCACGCCUGGAAUGUGGUGCUGCUGGGCAGCAAGUGCUAUCUGGUGGACAUCAUGCACGACCCGAUGGCCAUCUAUGCGGAGGAAUCGCCAGAGGCCCAAAACUAUGCGCGCAUGGGCCGCGUCAGUGGGCAGCUUGCCCCAAUAGGCGGCAUCGGCGGCUCAUCUGUCCGCAUCGCUCCACAACUAACCACGCCCAAUUACCGAUACAUUCCGCUGCGCGACUUUCGACGCGCCGAACUGGAGCUCUACGAGAAACUGGGCUCGGGCAGCUUCGGUUCGGUCUACCGAUGCUCGCUCAACGGCUUCACCUGCGCCGUGAAGAUCAUGACACUGGGCGACACAACCACGGACGCGGACAACAACUACUACAUCAAGCAGGAGAUAUCAAUUUUGGAGUCGCUUCGACACGACAACGUGGUCACCUAUCUGGGCCACGACGUGAAGGAAGACUCGGGACGGCGGGUGAUUCACUUGUUCAUGGAGUACUUCCCGCUGUCUUUGUCCAGCGUCAUCAAACACCAGCGCGAACAGACGAAGAAGCCCUUGUCUCCGGCCGCGGUCCGCACCUACGCCCUGGAAGUGGCCAAAGGCAUGCACUACAUGCACAGCCUGGCGCCACCAAUUUUGCAUCGCGACAUCAAGAGCAGCAACGUGUUGGUUGCUUUGGAUGAGCACGGGAACCCCAAGAAGGUCAAGCUUUGCGACUUUGGAGUGAGCAAACUGCUGGAAGGGACCGAUGUUGCUCGCACGAUGGUGGGCACUCCAGGGUGGAUCGCGCCUGAAGUGCUGAAGAACAGCCAGAGCGGAUACACGGACAAGGCAGACGUGUGGUCCUAUGGCAUGUUUCUCAACGAGCUGCUGACGCUGGAGCGACCGAAGCUGACGCCCGGCCAUAGCCUUCAGCCGCCGACCAAUGUGGAGAGAGCUCUGUUGCCGGUCGUCGAUCUCAUGAUGGCAUGCGUGCGGCUCAUGCCCAGCCAGCGACCAAGCUCGCCCGACAUCAUCUUCCGCCUCAGCACCCUAAUCCUCUAA